AGGCGCCCCGCUACCCAGCACCAAAGGCACAGUUGCCCGGUGGCCUCCCCCUACGCAGAGGGGCCGGAGCCUGGGAUGAAGAAGAGGAGGGGGACCGGGCGGGGCGGGGCGAGGGUUAGGGGCGGCGCGCACAGCCCCCUCCCUGGAGUCCUGAAAUCUGCUUCUGAUUUCCGCGGGGAGACUGCGGCCGCCCCUCCUCCUUCUCCCCCACCCUCAGUUCUCCGGCCCCCCUUCCCCGCUCCUCCUUUAGCACAAACUCAGCUCCCCGCCCCCUCCCCCACCUCCGAGGCUCCCCCUCUUCCCUAACCCCCUACUUCCCCUCCCUCCCCGCGCGGUCUCAGCUCCCCCCUCCCCCAGCUGCCCGCUUUCCCUCCCCGCCCUCUCCCGGCUCUUGAAGCAGCUGGGCUGGACUGGGCUGGGCUGGGCUGGGGAGGCUCGGAGGAGACUGCCGAGGGACCAAGGCGAAGGGAGGGAGGGAGGAGGAAGGGUGCGAGCCCCAGACCCGCCCUCGGGGGCUCAAGGGAGAUCCGUUUGGGCCCCCGCCCCCCCCAACCUGCCUCUGGUGAGUCCGACUUGCGGCUGCAGCGGCAGUAGCGGCUGAGGGCACGAGGGGGUGGGGGUGGGCGUGGGCUUGGGCUUGGGGGGCUCUUGUCAUCUCUUCCCCUGCUCUCACGGCGAGGCUAGGGGAAGAAAAAACUUUUCUUUUGCUUUGACCAGGGCGUGUCCCCCCAAUCGUCUCCGGCCCCUCCCAUUCUCUCUCCCCCACUUUUCUCCCGCUCCCGCCCACGUCUCGGUCUGUCUCCGGGUCUCUGUCUCUCGGUGUCUCUGUCUUACUGUGUCUCCGUUUUCCGGUGUGUCUGUGUUUCUGCCUUGCUGUGUCUGUUUCCCUGAGUCUGUCUCUGUGCUUCUGACUGUUCCUCUCCGCUCCCCGGUCCGUCUCUCUUGCUGUGUCUGUCUUUCUCCCUAGGUUUCUUGUGUCUCCAUUUGUCCCUUCGUUACCUCUCUCCCUUGGUUUUGCCUCUUCCUUACUGUGCCUCUUUCGCCUCUGUCUCUCUUGGCUUGUUGCAUGUCUCCAUUUCUGCCUUUGGCUUGCCGUGUCUCAAUUCGUGUUUCUCUUUUUGUCUGUCUGUAUAUCUCUGUCCUUGUCCCCCCCCAACCAGCCACCCACCCACCCACAUGUCCUGUCUUGUCAGUAUGAAGCUCCCAUCCCGGUUCCAGGGGCUGCGACCUAGGAGGGUGUACCUGAUAUAGGGAGCCCCCCUCCUCUGACCUUCCCCCUCUAACCUCCUUCCUAGCCCUGAUCAUGUCCUGCCCACUCAGCCAGACCCCCUUGGGGACCAGGACCAUGCUGGGCCCAAUGUUGUGGCUCCUGGCUGCCUGGAUGCUGGCUCCAGUGUUGAGUGCUAGCCCACAGGUCCCAACAGACCCCUGCUAUGAUGAGGCAGGAGCCCCACAGCGCUGUAUACCAGAGUUUGUUAAUGCAGCCCUGGGGCGGGAGGUGCAGGCUUCGAGCACAGACCCCCGGCAGGCCCACCCCGCAGCCUUCCUGACAGAUGCAAGUGCAGCCGCUGACCGUACCUGCUGGCGCUCAGAGACACUGACUCGGACACCAUUAAAUGUGACACUGACCCUGCCUCUGGGCAAGGCCUUUGAGGUAGUCUACGUGAGUCUGCACUUCUGCUCCUCAAGGCCCGACUCUGCCGCCGUCUUCAAGUCCCAGGACCACGGCCGAAGCUGGUCACCACUGCGUUUCUUCUCUUCACAGUGUAACCGAGUAUACGGUAGGCCAAGCCGAGCUAUGGGACAGGCCCCUGCCCAGGCCUCUUUGGGCUCCGUAGUUCCUCGAGGUCCUGAAGCACUUUGUUCUGAGCCUCCACCAAGAACUGGUCCCCUUCUAGCCUUCAGCAUGCAGGAUGGGCUCCCACCUGGCCAGGACUUGGACUCUAGUCCUGUGCUCCAGGACUGGGUCACAGCCACAGACAUCCGUGUGGUGCUCAGCAGGCCAGUGGGACCAAGGGCUGCGGAGGGUGGGGUUGUGGCACCCUAUGUUUACUCUGUGGGUGAACUCCAGGUGGGUGGGCGCUGCAAAUGCAAUGGACAUGCAUCUCGCUGUGUGGUGGACACCCAGGGCCGGCUGGUGUGUGACUGUAGGCAUGGCACUGAAGGCCCGGAUUGUGAGCGAUGCAAGCCUUUCUACUGCGACCGGCCCUGGCAGCGGGCCACCGCCCAUGAGGCACACGCCUGUCUGGCCUGUUCCUGUAAUGGUCAUGCUCGUCGAUGCCGCUUCAACAUGGAGUUGUACAGGUUGUCAGGGCGGCGCAGUGGGGGUGUUUGCCUCAAUUGCCGACAUAAUACAGCAGGGCGGCACUGCCACUACUGUCGUGAAGGUUUCUACCGUGACCAAACCCGGGUCCUGAGCCACCGCCGUGCCUGCAAGGCCUGUGACUGUCACCCUGUUGGAGCUGCUGGCAAAACCUGCAAUCAGACAACUGGUCAGUGCCCAUGCAAGGAUGGGGUGACAGGCCUUACUUGCAACCGCUGUGCCCCUGGCUUCCAGCAGAGUCGUUCACCUGUCGCACCAUGUGUCAAAAUUCCAGCUAUGGUACCCACAGGAGUGACCAGCACUGUGGCCCCCGAAGAUUGUGACUCUCAUUGCAAACCAGCCAGAGGGAGCUACAGGAUCAACCUGAAGAAAUAUUGUGGAAAAGACUAUGCGGUGCAGGUGGCAGUGGGUUCAGCUGAGGCGGUUGGUGCGUGGACGCGCUUCUCCGUGGCCGUGGUGUCCGUGUACAAGAGCGGUGAAGAACGCGCGAGGCGCGGGGAGAGCGUCCUUUGGGUUCCCGCGCGGGACCUGGCGUGUCGCUGCCCACGCGUGCACCCGGGGCACAGUUACUUGAUCCUGGGCGGGACAGGACCGGGAGCUGGUGUUGGGGAGCGGGCGGGUCUUACCGCCGGGCGGGGCAGUCUGGUUAUCCCCUGGCGGGAUGCUUGGGCUCGGCGGCUGCGGAAAUUGCAGCGGCGGGAGCGGCAGGGACGCUGUGGAGGGGCUGCCUGACAGGGAAGGAAGGGAGGGCAUCAAAGGGGUCACAGGUGAGGAGGGGCGCCGCUUAGGAACGUGUAAGUAAGCAGGUGUGCGUGUGAGGGCACAGAAUAGGAGAAAGGGGAAGAGAAGGUAUAAGGGUUUGAGGCCCUAGGAUAAUGGGCCAGGACCUUGGAGAGAGGGAGCCCUCACCCGGAAACCCUGCCUGUAAAUACUGUAAAUACCUCGACCGCCGGCGGUCUUGGUCCCGCUGUGUGGUCCUUCUUAUGUAUCUGUCCUUGAGUCAUUGUAUUGAGAUCUGUAUCACUGUAUCAGUAGCUGUAUCACUUUAUGUAUAGCUAUAUUGCUGUAUCCAUUGCUGUACUGAUCCCUGUAUCGAUGUAUCCAUCGCCA